UUGACAAGCCAGACGGAGAGCAAUGAAAGUCUACGUGACUCGUAUUUUAACUACAGAUUCUCUUACUUGAACAUGGUGGGUAAAGUUAAACGUGUUCGUCACAAGCUUCACCAGGAGGCGGUGAAGGUGGACAGACUGAACCCAGCGGCUCUGGGCUCCGUGUUGGCUCCUGACCGUCCACUUUGGGAAAUCAAGAAACAAGAAGAAAAGAACUCCGACGUCUCCAAGAGUCAACACGAGGACUGUUUUCAGACUCUGCGAUCAAAUAGCCAGGAACCAAAGUCACUCCCUGAUGGAAUCUUUGCUGGCACCAAAAUUACACCAGAGGUUCUGGUACAGUCACUGAUGAUUGAGGGACCUGUGGAUGUACCUAAACCUGCCAAAACAGGCGCGGAAGUGAAAAAAAUCAGGUCGAAGAAAGAGAAGAUGAAGGAGAGGAGAGAAAGAUGGCUCAACAAGAUCAGCUCCAUCAAAAAGGCAAAGGAGCAGAAGGCAGCCGAGGAACAGAGAAAGGCCACGCCAGUAGUGGGUGACAUGCGAGUGUUGGCUGACGCCCUGCCUGAGUUGUCUCAGCUCAUCGCCCCCACCACCUCCAUUGCUCACCGCAAGAACAGGAAAACCAAAGUUCCAGUGAAGAGGAAAGAACCAACUGACUACAGUCAGAUGAAACAGUCACAAAAACGUAAACUUCUAGAAACUGAGAUGAUCCGUUUUGGAGAUGCAGUGAAAAGCCUCACCUCAAAAAGUAACCCUCUGUCUGACAUCGGUGAGCAGCUGAAGAAGAGGAUGAGGCAGGAGGAAGAGCCUGUGCCCAGCUGACCUGGGUGCGACCCUGGGUCCUGGUCUGGCGGGACCCGGUACCACCAUCACACGGGCUAACAAAUGCUGAUGGCUAGACUCACUGCACAGCUGCUGUUUUUCUCCACAGUAAUAAAUUGCUCUAAAUUAAAACAUCACUUUUUUUUCUUUUUUCUUUUUUGCAACUGCAAAAGUUGUGCAUUUCCACAAACUGUGCACAGAAUAAACCAUCACCAUUAGCCAAAGCAAAGUAACUGAUCCAUGCCCUGAAAAUGAGCAUUGCUAAGUGAGAACCGCAUUUUGGACUGCAAGAAGUGCAUAUGAAUAAGGUAGGGUGAGCUAAUUAUUAAACUCAUGCACACUUUGCGAUUCUUAUGCAGCACAUGAUGUUCCCACAAAAUAGCAAAGCUCACCCUCAAAAUGACACAUUUAAGCUUUGUUUUUAGAUAAAAACUCACACAGACUGUGAAACUUCCCCUAAUGUAUUUUUUUCUUUAUAAAUGCUUUUAAAAGUGCCCCAGUGCAUAAUAAAGUAACUGAAGUGUGGCACUGGUGAUCUUCAAUGCAAUGCACAACAGAAAUGAAGAUGCACUGUUGGGCUGGGGAAAAAAAAAAUCAAAGUUUUGAAAGUGCUUUCAAUAAUAAUAAUAAAUGUCAAGAACAAUAGUAUACGGUGGUCUUGGUUUAUUCAUGAAAUAUUAUACAGAAGAAAACAG